UGAGGCGCGAGCGGAGGCAAGCGGGCCGUGAUGGCGGCGAGCGGAGGCGCAGGUGGCGGCGGCUGGUUCGCGGCUCUGGCCUUCGGGGUCACGCUGCUCAAGCUGCUCCUCGUCCCCACGUAUCAUUCCACAGAUUUUGAAGUGCAUAGGAACUGGCUAGCCAUCACCCAUAGCUUACCAGUCUCUCAGUGGUAUUAUGAGGCAACUUCUGAGUGGACCUUGGACUACCCUCCCUUCUUUGCAUGGUUUGAGUACGGGCUUUCACAUGUUGCCAGAUACUUUGACAAAGAGAUGCUGGUCAUCCAGAACCUCAACUAUUCCAGCUACCCAACCAUUCUUUUCCAAAGGCUUUCGGUCAUCUUCACAGAUGUGCUCUUCAUCUACGCAGUUCGCGAGUGCUGUAAAUGUGUAAAUGGGAAGCGAGGUGCAAAGGAACCUCUGGAGAACCCUCAGCUUGUCCUUUCAGUUCUCCUCUUAUGGAAUUUCGGCCUCUUAAUUGUGGACCACAUUCAUUUUCAGUACAAUGGCUUUCUGUUUGGAUUCAUGCUGCUUUCCAUCGCACGGCUAAUCCAGAAAAGGCACUUGGAAGGGGCUUUUCUCUUUGCUGUCCUCUUGCACUUCAAGCAUAUCAACCUAUAUGUCGCCCCAGCAUAUGGUGUGUACCUUCUCCGGUCCUACUGCUUCACUGCAAAUAAUUCAGAUGGAUCCCUCCGAUGGGGCAGUUUCAGUUUUCUUCGCUUAGUUGCCCUCGGAUUCAUUGUCUGCUUUGUUUCUGCACUUUCACUGGGACCAUUUAUUGUUUGGGGCCAGCUGCCUCAGGUCCUCUCUCGUCUCUUCCCUUUCAAAAGAGGCCUUUGCCAUGCAUACUGGGCUCCUAACUUCUGGGCACUGUACAACGCCCUGGACAAAGCGCUCUCCGUUAUUGGUCUGAAAUAUAGAUUCCUUGACCCUGCAAAGAUGCCCAAGGCUGCCAUGACUGGGGGGCUAGUCCAGGAAUUUCAACAUACCGUCCUUCCUUCAGUGACUCCAUUGGCAACUUUGACCUGUACUGCCAUCUCUAUGCUGCCCUCUGUUUUCUGUCUUUGGUUUAAACCCCAAGGGCCCAGAGGCUUUCUACGGUGCCUGGUUCUCUGCGCGCUGAGCUCCUUCAUGUUUGGGUGGCAUGUGCAUGAGAAAGCAGUCCUCCUCGCCAUUCUCCCUCUGAGCUUGCUGGCUGUGGAGCGAUCCAGAGAUGCUGGCACUUAUCUGGUUCUGUCUACUACAGGACAUCUUUCCCUUUUUCCUCUACUAUUUACAGCACCGGAACUGCCUAUUAAAAUCUUGCUCAUGCUGCUCUUCACGGUGUAUAGUUUCUCCUCGCUGAAGGCCAUAUUCAGAAAAGAAGGACCUCUGCUUAAUUGGCUGGAAACAAUCUACCUCAUUGGGCUGAUACCUCUGGAAAUCUUGUGUGAAAUUGUGAUGCCUUUCACCACCUGGAUAGUCAAAUUCCCUUUCCUCCCUUUAUUGCUCACCUCUGUAUAUUGUGCUGUAGGUGUCACAUACGCUUGGCUCAAACUGUACAUCUCUGCCUUUGCGGGACCACCAGCUGUCAGGCGAAAGAAAGAAUAGUGAUGCUUACAACAUACCUGAGUCAAUGGUGAUACCUCCAGAACAGCCGCCAACUCAUGCUAAAUGGUGUUGGCUCCUGCCACACAUGGUGCCAUGUGCUGUUCAUGCAGGGGUGCUCCAGAAAUAGCUGCUGUUUCUUUAAGGAUGUGGGAGCAAGAAAUUAAGCGAGCAGAUACCCUUAAAUAAGCAGGGGUGAUUCUUAGCAUGAAAAGAGAAGACAGUCAUUGCAGGAGAAGCCUUGUUUACAAAAGGAUGCUUAAUUAGAGGGUUUUUAAAAAUGGAAUUGGACUUUCUUUUUUACUUCCAGUUUGAGCUGAAGCAAUCACUGGUUAUGUUUAACGAGUUUAUCCUUACAUGUAAUGUGUAAGGUUACUUGUAUGUAUUAUGGGACUGUUCUCCAGAAAAGAAACUUGGGCUGCAUGCCUAACCUCACUUAUCUGGGCAUAAGCUCCACUGAAUUCAGUGGGACUUGCUUCUGAGUAGAUACGGGUAGGAUUGCAUUGUCAGUUACAAACGUGGGGGUGAAAGAUGUGAAUAAAAUCUACAAUAAUUGCUUUUGUAAAAAUAAUUGUAGCGUUACAUUUUUUUAUGUACAAUAUUUGGGUUCCCGUGAAGCUAAGGGUUCUCAGCCUGUGGUCCUUGGAUGGCCUCAGGAAGUCUGAACCUGGCAUAAAAAUGCUUUUUCCCUCCCCUAAGUUUCCUUCAUGUGCUGAUAUAAGAUAACACAGACGCAUAUGCAUACAUGUAAUAUAACUGCAGGGGGGGGGACAUGAAAGCUUUGGGUGAGAGGGAAAAGCAACGCACAAAGUGCAGAGAGCGAUAAUUUAAUUAGAGCUGGAAAGUGCAAAAGAAGCUUGGUGACCCUUUACAAUAGCAGUGAUCAUAGAAUCUUAGAGUUGGAAGGGACCCAAGGGUCAUCUAGUCCAAUCCCCUGCAAUGCUGCCAUUAACUAACAUCCGUAAUGGAGGAAAAACUAUUGUGGUCCCAAGAACUUCAUCACAAUUCAGCUGUUUCACUGCUCCUAUAUGUAGAUUGGGCAAAAGGAAAAACAAUCUGGUGGUAGACCUCCGACUGAUUUGCAGCUAAUCUGCAGCAGUUUCUGAUUCCCAGUUGUUAAGCAACAACCAAACAACAUUUCCCACCUAAAUUAGGCCGGAAUGAAGCUAACCAGGAGUGGACUUUCAUGUGAAAGGACCAUGGGCUUGGUUCACCAUGCACUCAGUUCAGUCCUGGUCCUAAAAACAGUUUCCUAGGCUCAGAAUAUGCUCAAAGGCACCCUGCUGUAUGCCUUUUGUAAAAAGGUAAUGGUAAAGGACCCCUGGAUGGUUAAGUCCAGUCAAAGGCGAAUAUGGGGUUGCGGUGCUCAUCUCACUUUCAGGCCGAGGGAGCCAGUGUUUGUCCACAGACAGCUUUCCGGGUCAUGUGGCCAGCAGCACUAAACCGCUUCUGGCACAACGGAACACUGACAGAAACCAGAGCACACGGAAACACCGUUUACCUUCCUGCCACAGCAGUACCUAUUUAUCUACCUACACUGGCAUGCUUUUGAACUGCUGGGUUGGCAGGAGCUGGGACAGCAACGGGAGCUCACUCCGUUGUGGGGAUUCGAACCGCCGACCUUCCAAUUGCCAAGCCCAAGAGGCUCAGUGGUAUCUGGCUUCAGUUUGUAGGCCCCUAGGUUCAAGUAAAAAAAAAUGUAGAAGGCUGGAAUCUGCCCACCUCUGGUGUAAACUACAACAAUGUAAUGCAGCAGCAAAAAGCUUAUGCUAUUCUGGGCUGCAUCAACAGAAGUCUAGUGUCCAGAUCAAGGGAAGUAAUAGUACUACUGUAUUCUGCCUCGGUCAGACCACACCUGGAAUACUGUUUCCAGUUCUGAGCACCACAAUUUACGAAGGAUGUUGGCACGCUGGAAUGUGUGCAGAGGAGGGCAACCGAGAUGAUCAAGGGUCUGGAAGCCAAGACUUAUGGGGAAAGGUUGAAGGAGCUGAUUAUGUCUAGCCUGGAAAGGAGGAGAUAUCACAGCCAUCUUCAAAUAUCUAGAGGCCUGUUGCGGAGGAUGGAGCGAGCUAUUUUCUCCUGCUCCAGAGGGUAAGACCCAAAGCAAUGGAUUCAAAUUACAAGAAAGGUAAUAGAACUUUUUGAUGGCAAGAGCUGUUCAAAUUUGGAGGUGAUGGACUCUCCUUCCUUAGAGGCUUUUUAGGCAGAGGUUAGAUGGCUACCUGUCACAGAUUGUUUAGCUGAGAUUCCUGCAUUGCAGGGGGUUGCACUAGACUAGAUGACCCUUGGGGUCCCUUCCAACUACAAUUCUAUGAUUCUAACUCAUUACUGACUUCAGUGAUGGUUUCCAACAAUG